UUCUAGUUUUCGUAGCAUUAUUCCUCUAUCAGAGACAAUUCGACAUAGUUGUUUUGCUUUAUAAGUGGCCAUUCAGGGUUUCCUCAGGAAAAAUUAAAACUUUACAAAAGUGAAGAGAUACAACAGCAAAAAAUAUAUUAAAAAUUUACAACAGUAAAAACAUUAAAAAAUCAACACAGCAAAAAGCGAAUCAACUCAUGAUGAACGACACAUCAGUUUUCGUACAACUUCCACCAAACAUACAAUAUCUAUCUGUUUGUCACUAUAUUACAACUCUCGGAAUUAUCUUUUACAACGAAAGCCUCAUUACAUUAAAUCAGAGAAAUCAGUCUGUUCCUGUACUAAAUACUUAUUUUAAAUACCUCAAUAAUUCCAACACUGAAACCGAAACAAAACUCCAGCUUCUACAAACAAUAUUAAAAGGAACCGAUCUCUACGGUGGUGGCGAAAAUGAAACACUCGAUACAAAAUACGUAGAUGAAACAUAUCAGUACAUCAUCAACAAUGCUCUAUUUUCACACUAUGGUAACAUUAACGGAUAUUUAGCAAAAAUAAUCAAUAAGGCAGAUAAUACAUCUUAUUCCACGUUGAUGAAAACUAUAAAGCAGGAGCUUUUUAACAAUUACACAAGUAUAGAUUACUGUUCAAAAACAAACAAAAGCCCGAAACUUAAUUUUUUGUCAGCUAAAACAAUUUUUUCUGAAUAUAUUCUGCCAAUAUUUCCCGAGCCAGAAAAUCAAGAUAUGAACAUAAUGAGUGUGGAUUAUCUAUACGCAAUGGCUGGUUUAAAAAUUGUCAGAUCUAUACUUGGAGAAAAAAUAAACGUUUCGUUUGAUAAUUAUAUUUCAAUAUCACGAGAGAUUGAUUUUCAGGCGUCUUAUGGUAACGAAUCUUAUGAAAUGGUGUUUAAUCUUUUUUCAACACCGGCAUUAUUUUUUUACGCCACUAAGGAAAAAGAAGCAUUCAGAAAAAAAAAUCAAACUUUAUUAAAUGCAGAAGUUCGAAAUGAAGCUUAUGAUAUUUUGUUUUCACAUAUUAAUAUAACAAUAAAUGAAAGUAUAAAUCGAACCUUAAAUAACAAUCUUUUUUACAGAUUUCGGAAGGAAUUGAAAGAUUUAAAAUAUCGUCCAUUUAUUGCCACAACUAUACUUGAAAAACAUUGUAACUAUUCUCAUUAUAAAAAUAAUUUACCUCAAUUUGUGAAUAAUUAUAUGUCAUACAAUCAUUACAUUGUAGGAUUGGCUCUUCCCACUGGUUGUUUUCUAGACAAUCUUCCCAAUUUGGAAGAUGUCUAUAGGACACAGUUUGAAAAUGUAGGAAACACAUAUUUUGAAAUUGAAAAGAUUUUGAUAAGAAAAGUUUUAGACGAUAAUCAUUUGAUAGAAAUAUUAAACAGAAGAAGUACUGUUAGUCUUGCACGAGUUCCAGAUUAUCCAAUGUACAUGACGAACAUACCACCUAUGGCAGUAAAGAUAAACCCCAAUGUAACCCUAAUGUUUGCAAUUAAAGAAAGAGGAAAAACAAAUUUUUACGCAUUUAUACAUAACGAUACAUUACCGACAUUACUCGUAAAAAGUAAUAACGAACAAGAAUUUGGUAAAUUAGUUGCAAAUGAUCCAAAUGCACAAAUGGAAAUAAAUAUAGUUCAAAAUGAUCUUAAAUCCGCUCAUGAAGACAGCGAAGUAUUUAUUGAAAGGUUUGCCAACGUAAGAAAAGCAAACUUUUUAAAAAACCUAAUGCAUCAAUAUAGAAAUGAAACUACAAAAGAGAAGGUUUUUAAUUUUUUAAAAGCAUUUAUACCUUUUUAUAGUUGUAUUGAAAGCAUACAAGAGAAUGACAAAGUUGGAGCCGCAUUAGGCUGUACUUCAGAUAUUGUUUCAUUGAUUUCUUUACAAAGUUUUUUUGGAAAAUACGCAACUAAAAUAACCAACAACUUAGUAAUUGGAUUAAGCGAAAAAUAUGUAAUUAAAAGUAGUUUAUCAAGAAUAGCAAGUGCCACUAAAUUAACUACAUUCUAUCAAAUUUCAAAAGCGCUGGCUAGAACCGUUUUGCAGGAAAUUCUUACCAAGCAACUGUUAAAAGAUGUAUCUAUUGCCUUAAUACAAUUGAUAGAUCCUAGGUUUGAAUUAGUUUUCAAGUUAAGCAAAUUGGGCUCCAAACUAUUCCACAAGAUGUAUAACACUAUGAUUCAAAAAAUUCCAAAGAUUUCAAUGAAUAAAAAUCUAAAAUUGUUGUUAACAACUAUGUUAAAAAAGCUGAAUACUAAUAUAGAACUACCAAUCACAACUAAUGGUCUCAUGCCAAAUGUUCUGCAUGAAGAGAAGAAUUAUAAACUCUUUUUACAUUAUUAUCCCGGCGGUGAACACUUUUUUGGACCAAAAUUCAUAUCAUCAUUUGAAAAUACUGCAGAACUAAGAACCAUUGAAGGCAAUCUAUUACCAGUUCCCGUGUUGCCAAUAAAAGAUAACAUGAAUAAAAUUUCCUAUCGUGUAUAUAAUCCAGAAACUAAUGAAAUUUCUAAUUUGAAAUUUGAAAUGGGAGAAAAUGAUCUACUCCGAAGUAACAUGCCUUAUCUUAAUUCAAAUGCAGAUAGGAAAAUAAUACCCACACUACCGGAAUCCGAACAACCUGCUAUAAAAGGAAGUUUGCCAACUGAUAAUAUUCCUUCAACAUCAAAUGGAUUAAAUUUGGAAAUUUCGAGGGCAACUGGACAACAUAUUGCUAAAGGAGAAUUGCCAACUGAUAAUAUUCCGUCUACUUCAAAUGGAUUAAAUUUGGGAAAUUCGAGGGCAACUAAACAACAUAUUGUUAAAAAAGAAUUGUAUUCAACAGAAAGUUUGCCAAAUGUUGAUAUUUCUAAAAUGGGAAAAAAGGAAAUUAUUCAAAGACUUUUGCCUUAUUUUAAUCUACAUGAAGAUACGAAAAUAAUAAAAGAUUAUCAAGUUUAUCAUAAUACAAUUGAAUUGAAUAAGAUACCAAUGAAGACAUCAGGUACGUUACAAGAAAGAGUGCCAAGUAAUAAUAAUUUUGAUAAUUCAAAGGGAUCUGAAGAAUUGGUUCAUUAUAAUACGAAUAAUGGGGAUAAUAAACUAAUGAAUUCUGCUAACUCAGGAACUUCAGAAGAAAGAUUGUCAGAUUUUGAUCAUUUUUAUAGUGGUGAAUUGGGUGGUGAAUUUUGGGCUAGAAUUAUAUUUGGUGAUAUUGAGUAUGGGGAAAUUUUAUUAUCUAUAAAUGAUUUAAAAUAUGAAAAAUUUGCUAAUUUAUACAAAAAUAAAGUAAAAGUUUUAAUAAUAAAAAAGAAUUUAGAGAAGAUACGAAGCAUUCAAGACAUAGUGAAGCAUAAAAUGCCAAGACACUUGUAUUUUAGUCAAACAUUAAAAGAACAAAAUAUUGUCAAAUAUUUGGAGCAACUGAAAGGAAAGGACUUUUAUUUUAAUGAUAUUACCCUUUUGACAGAUAUUCCACAUGGUGAAAUUAAACUUCUUAAUAAGGUAUCGGCGAAUCCGUUAAAAACAGAAGUUCAGUAUCAAAUAAAAAUUAAUUCUCAAUAUGGACUUGUUGAUUUGGCGGAAUUUGAAACGGGUUUUAGAAACCAAUUUGUUGUUUUUCCAGAACUGGAAUUUACAGUAGAAAAUACUGAAUUCGUAAAUGGAAAAGAUUUUUUACUUGUAGAACUAAAACAAAAGCCAAUAUUGGAAUCCGAUUGGUUGCAAAAUAAAAAGAACUAUGAUAUUUUACUUCAAAAUAAAGAAAUAACUACAUAUGAAAGAAGUGUAAAUAUUGAAAAUGCAGCUAAUCUUAUCUCAUUAAAUACUCCUCUGCAUAGAUUAACUGAAAUGGAAGAAAUGUUAAAAGGUUACAUUUUAAGAAUCGAUCCAAUUGAAACUCGUGUUCCUACUUAUGAAAUGUUGGCAAAGGAAAUAAAUACACGUAUUACACCUUGUGAAAUAUUUAACGAAUGGAAAAUAACAAAUCAUAUUUUUAUUGACGAUGUACUAUUUGAAAAGUCUUUAUAUCAGGUAAAAAAUUUGGAAGAUGCGAAAAAAACAAUAGCCAAUAUUUUUGAUAAGACAUAUGAACAGAAUGUUGAAUCUGUGUUUGAAAUUUUUAAUUCACAUUCAAAUGAGCAUAGUAUGCUUUUUGAGGAUUAUUAUGUAUGGUAUUCACAUUUAAAGGGAACUUUACCAACAAGUCUACAUGCAAAUACAAGACUUAAUGCUGCAUUAAACAGAUUGGCUCUUAGACAGUGUGAUGAUAAAUUUAUUCAAUUUCCAAGUACCCUUUAUUUUGCUAAGAAAUAUGAUGGUGAUAUUAGUCAAAGUCUUGAAAAUAUUCCAUUUUAUUCUAAUGUAAAAGAUGCUUUAAAAAAUACUCACAGAACUAACUAUGUUGAUAAAAUACUAUUGUUGGAAUUAAAUUUUAAAAAUUCAUUUGGAAUAGCGUACAUUGAUCCUUAUUAUUUCAAUGUUCCCAAGAAACUGUAUUAUCUUACUGAUACAAUAAAUUUUAAUAUUCUUGGAAAAGUGGAGUAUGAAAAAGAAAAUAUUUUGAGAGUAAUAUAUAACGAUUUUGAAAUUCCAAAAGAAAAAAGAAUGAUUAAAUUAGUAAAUAAUUUAAAUACAUUAUUUUCAAGUGAUACUAAAUUUUACGCUAAUCUAAAACCAAUUGUUGAAGGAAAAUUGCCAACUUAUAGAAUUCCGUCAACUUCAAAGGGAUUAAAUUUUGAAAAUUCGAUGAAAAAUGGACAACCAAUUGUUAGAGGAGGUUUACCAACUGAUGAUAUUCCGUCAACUUCAAAGGGAUUAAAUUUUGAAAAUUCGAUAAAAAAUGGACAACCAAUUGUUAGAGGAGGUUUACCAACUGAUGAUAUUCCGUCAACUUCAAAGGGAUUAAAUUUUGAAAAUUCGAUGAAAAAUGGACAACCAAUUGUUAGAGGAGGUUUACCAACUGAUGAUAUUCCGUCAACUUCGAAGGGAUUAAAUUUUGAAAAUUCGAUGAAAAAUGGACAACCAAUUGUUAGAGGAGGAAAUACGAUAAAAAAUGAACAAUCAGUUAAUAAGACGCCAAUAAAGAAGAAAAAGCCUAAUGCAGAUGAACAUUUAAAUCCAGAUUUGUCUUUAGUUAAAAAUAUUAAUUCUGAUAGUUCACUUGAAACAAUGAAAAAUCCUCCAUUUGGAGAAAUUAAUUUAAAAGAAAAUUUUCCUGCACAUCGUACUGGAAUUUUAAUGAAUUCAGUACAACCUCUUACAAAAGAAAUUUUGCCUCAAAUUCCCUUGAAUCAUUACAUUGACGAAUUAGGUGAAGAAAGCUACAAUUUAUACGUUGAAUCAUUAAAGAAAUUUAAAAAGCAAGGAUUACAACUUAUAAAGGAAGAUAAAUUUACCAUGCAAUCAGUUCGAUUACUUCUCAAUUAUUUAUCUCAAUUUCAAAAUAUUGAUACAAUUUUAAAUGAAGUGAAAAAACUUUAUUUUCAUCAAACAGUAACUAAUUCCAUAAUUAUUGAUAAUUAUUUAAGUAAAUUAGAAGGAUCCAAUUUUUAUUUUAAUGACAUUACACUAUUAAACGAUAUUGAACCAAAUAAUAUUAUCAAUAAAAAAUUAUCAUUAACUAAUACCGAAACAGAAGUUCUCUAUCGUGUAAAUUUUCAUUCUAAAAAUGGAUUUAUCAAUCUUGCUGAAUUUCAUGAUAGUUUUAAAAACGAUUACAUUGUAUUUCCAGAAAUUUCAUUCAAUGUACAUAGUGUAAAAUUUUUAAAUGAAAAUCGUCUUUUAGUAUUAGAUUUAAAUCAAAAAUCAAUGCCAAUUUCUGUUUGGAUGGUAAUUAGAAAAAGAGAUUUAAUUUUACUUGAUAUUGAAGAAAUAGAAACAACUAAAAUAAUGAAAUGUAUUGAGAAUGCUGCUUUAUCAAUAUCAUCUAAUUUUCCUGUACAAAGAUUUAGAGAUAUGAAAAUAAUUUUUAAAAAAUAUAUUUUAAAUACUGAUCAAUAUACAAGUAUUGUUCCUACUUAUGAUAAAUUGGCAGAAGUUUAUUCUGUAAAUUUUAAGAUUCCAAAGAACUAUAAAGAGUUUGAAAUAUUUAAUGGUCCUUUUAUUGAUGAUGUAUUGUUUUAUGAUAAAUUACAUAAAAUUAAUUCAUUGGAAUCGGCAAAACAAAUAAUUAAUCAAUUAUUGAGUGGAGUUUAUUUACAGAAUGUUGAAUCUGUAUUUAAAAUGUAUCAGAGUGUAUCAUUAAUAAAAAAACAAAUUCGAUUUGAAGAUUACUAUGUUAUAUAUUCAUAUGUUUCUAAAACUUUAUCAAUAGAUGUAAAUAAUCAAAAACAAUUAACAAUUUCAUUAUAUCGACUUGCUUUAAGACAGUCUAUGAAUGAAAUGCUAUUAAAGAAACCAAUUACUCUUUAUGCUUUUUUUGUUGUACAUAAAUCAAAUAGUUAUAUGCCAGUUUUUGAAACAAUGAUUGCCUGUUAUUCAAAUCGGGAAAAAGUAAUUAAAAAUUUUCCACUCGUUAAAGCAGGGCAGAAAAUAAUAUUGUAUGAAUUUGAAAUGUUUAACGAGGCUGGAAUAGCAAAUAUUGGUCGUGUUUUUCCAUUUGAAAAAGAUUUUUAUAUUAUUCCUCAAGAAGUAGAAUUUAUGAAUAUGCGCCUGCAUAAGGAAAUAAUUAACGAAAAGUUAUUUUUCACUUAUAAGUUUAGGGAAAUCAAUUUGAGUCAAGAGAAACUUAUUGCUAAAUUAGCAGUUAGGUUAAAUACUUUACUAUCAUGAAAUGUUAAAUUCUACGUUAAUGAUAUCUAAAUAAAUUUUGAUCAUUGUUUUUUUUCAGUGAAAUUAUGUAUCUCAUUUUAUUGUAAAUUCCUAAACUGAAGUCCUGCGCUAAUAUUGAAAUUUUUCUAUUCAAUAUUUGUUUAAAUGAAAUUUUUUCCCUUGAUAUUAAUUUGUUAGAGUGUAAAAAUACCUUAAUAUGAUAACUAUAAUAAAAGUUACCUUCAUUUUUAAUUUAACUGUUGAAUUUUAUUUAUAGUAGAUAAGAUGGAGUGAACGAAAGAAUUAUUUAUUUUAAUAAUAUUAAAAAAUUUUAAAGGCUAUUAUAAUAGACGUGU